ACUAUUUUGGAACUAACCAAUACGCAGUUAAAUCUAAUGAUAUUGGCUUGCAUGCUAACAGUUAUUUUUUACGGACUUUUUUCGUUACAUUGAUUUUAUAUGAUAAAUUACAAUAUUAUUAAAAAUAAUAUAUCGCACCAAGGAAAACUGUUCAAAAAGUUGGAAACUAUAAUUAAUGUUUGGCUCCAAAAGCCAAAAGGAUGCGGAAACUGAACAGAUUUAUAUCAUGGAUGGUUAUCAUACAGAUAUUAAUCAAGGUAUCAGGUGCAUCAAUUACACAAGCGGCUAAGAACUUGACACAAUGCGGCGACCUUCAGUGCUCUAACAAUGCUAAAUGCAAAGACGAUGGACAUGGAGGACAUGUGUGUCGGUGUCAUACAGGGUUUGCUGGAAAAACUUGUCUAGAUGACUUUGAUGAGUGUGGACUCGGAGAUCCCUGUAUGCACCGCGGUCGAUGCCACAACAGUAUUGGAAGCUACAGAUGCGAAUGUUUAGAAGGCUGGUCUGGUCCAGAUCGUCAUUGUGAUAUAAAGGAUAACUCUACGACUGUCCACAAAUGCAUGCCGGGAUGGAUAGGUGAUAUGUGCCAAGAUCAAUGUCUGAACAAUUCCAUGUGCAGACCAACAGAGGUUUGCAAAAAACGUGGAAGGGGACUUCGAUGUCUGUGUGCUGCUGGAUGGCAUGGCAUUAACUGUACGAUUGAUAUCGACGAAUGCACGAAAACUCCAUGCCCAAAUACCGCUACUUGCAUGAAUACACAAGGCUCAUACGAAUGUCCCUGUUUAUCUGGAUGGAAGGGGGACAAAUGUGACGAGGAUAUUGAUGAGUGUUUAAUAAAUCCAUGUCAACAUUCCUCAACAUGUACGAAUAAACAAGGGUAUUACAACUGCACAUGCACACUUGGAUGGAAGGGAGACAAAUGUGACGAGGAUAUUGAUGAGUGUUUAAUAAAUCCAUGUCAACAUUCUUCAACAUGUACAAAUGAACAAGGGUAUUACAAUUGCACGUGCGCACUUGGAUGGAAGGGAGAAAAAUGUGACGAAGAUAUUGAUGAGUGUUUGAUAAAUCCAUGUCAACAUUCUUCAACAUGUACAAAUGAACAAGGGUAUUACAACUGCACAUGUGCACUAGGAUGGAAGGGAGAUAACUGUACUAACGACAUUGACGAGUGUACUUCAAACCCAUGCACAAAUGAAAAAACAUGUUACAAUAUCCCAGGCUCGUUUGAGUGUAAAUGUUCUCAAGGCUGGGAUGGUGUAAAUUGUACGAAUGACAUUGAUGAGUGUAAAACUUUCCAAUGUCGGAAUUCAGGAACAUGUAUAAAUACUAACGGUUCCUACAAAUGCAAAUGUGGCUCUGGUUGGCAGGGGGAUGACUGUGGGGAAGAUAUCAAUGAAUGCGACCAGAAUCCUUGCAAUGCCACCGUUUUUUGUAUAAAUAAUCAAGGAUCUUUUUCAUGUACUUCGACACAGAUGAGUUCAAAGGGUAACGUAUAUUCCUCAGUGGACAUUUUGCAGUAA